UAACAGCAGAUUGUUUUAGGUCUGUUCAAACUGUUCAAACCCCACAGGAAAAAAACAUGGUAUUAUAUGUAAUGUAACUGACAACAGAAAAAGUACAAUCAGGCCCUUCCUUUUUUUUUAGGUAAGGUCUCUUUACAAUACACUGACAUUUUCGUGACUGAAGAACUGUGUUGAAGGACCUUUCUUGUUAAUGAUUUGGCUUUUGAUAAUAAAGGUCAGGAUUUCAUUAAUGAAGUGUGAAAUGUAGUUAUCUAGCCAUAUCUGUUGAUGGAGUCAGGUGGUUUAAUGCUUUUCUGUACCUGCCACAAACACACCCCGGCUCUAUUGUGUGGGCCUGUUUUAGCUGGUCAUGGAUAUUGUCCUGACAGAGAAGUGGGUGAAGUACUUCAAGUGCCAGUAACAUGUGUUGAGGAGAGAGAGAGGCAGGCCAGUGUGUCUUAGCCUGGACCAGUGUGAACAACACAGUAUUCUGGACUAAGGAACAGCAGUUAGUGGAGGUGGAUUCUGGAGGUUCCAAACCCCCUGAAGAUGUAUGGGUUGUAUCUGGAAGCGGUGAAUGACUACAUUAAUGAGUCCUAUGGGGAGGACGUUUGGAGGCUGAUCGAAGCCCGGGCAGAGAUCCCUCACCUCAAGUUUGUACGCCACCAGAUGUACAACGACAAUCUGAUCCUUCGUCUGGCUAAAGCAGCUGGAGAGGUUCUGGGAAAGACUCAUGAUGAGCUGAUGUACGCCUUUGGAGUCUAUAUGGUCAAGCGAAUAGGAAACUAUGGCUAUGAGCGCAUCCUCAAGGUGUUGGGUCGAAACGUGCGAGACUUCAUCAAUGAGCUGGAUAACCUGCACGAGUAUUUCCGCUUCUCCUUCCCCAAAGUGCAGCCGCCCAGCUUCUGUGUGGAGGAGGAGUGUGAGACGAGCCUGACACUGCACUACCGCUCCACCAGGAAAGGCUUCACUCAGUUUGUCAAAGGGCAACUCUCUCAAGUGGGCCGGCAAUUUUACAACACAGACAUUGAAGUGGAAAUUCUGUCUAAAGAGGAGACAGAGAAAAUGACGUAUGUGGUAUAUAAGAUGAACUUUGACAACGCUGCAUUUAAGCACCGGAUGCCCCAGCAGAAGACAGCUCCAGGGUACGAGAAGCUCCCUAUGAAGAGGGGCAUCUUCUUUGAUAUGUUCCCUUUUAGUGUGAUCUUCCGCAGAGACAUGACCAUGUACCGCAUCGGGGACGGCCUAAAGGAGGUGUUUUCUGAUCUGCAAGGCAAAAAGGUCAACGAGGAGUUCACUCUGGUGCGGCCCAUGCUGGAGUUUAGCUGGGAUAACAUCUACACUCACCUCAACAAUGUGUUUGAGUUGCUGUCAAAAGCCGUGGUAGAGAGCAAGCAGAAGGUCAACAUCCCCAAACUCAGCAAAGAAGAGCCGGAGGAGAAAGAGGAGAGCGAGAAGCCAAAGAAAGAAGAAAGAGACAUAAAGGCAAUGGAGGAGAUGAAAGGAGCAGACCAGGAGUACAGCAGUACGUUAACACAGUACAACAGCUCUGCGAACUCUGGAGGAGAGGACAUCGAACUGCUCGCCUUCCAGACAGUCACUGGUAAAUGUAGUGAAACCAUAUUUGAGGACAUGCGGGAGCCGCCCAAGAAGCCUCUCCAUCUGAAGGGCCAGAUGAAAUAUGUUCCUCAGUGGGAUUCCCUUAUCUUCCUUGGCACACCCAUUAUUGAGACAGUGGAGGACAUGAUUAAAAUGGGUGUUUACGUAAAUGACCUUAACCUGCACGACUCCAGCAGAGAGCUCAUUUUGGCAGGAACUCAGCAAUCAGCCGAGCUGCAGCUGGCUCUGGACCAGGAGCAGCAGAAAUAUGCCCAACUACAAGAGAUCAUUAAAAAGUUGGAUGAGGAGAAGAAGAGAGGCGACUCGCUGCUAUAUGCCAUGAUACCCAAAGCUGUAGCUGACCGACUGCGCAAAGGCAUCACGGCCCUAGAGACCUGUCAGGUGUUCCCGGACGUGACCAUCCUGUUCAGUGAUGUAGUGAAGUUUAAUGAGAUCUGCAUCCACAUCACACCUAUGCAGGUGGUGGACAUGCUCAAUGAGAUCUACAUCGUUUUCGAUACCCUCAGCGAGAAACACAAUGUUUACAAGGUGGAGACCAUCAGAGAUGCCUACAUGGUGGUGGCUGGAGUUCCCAAUAAAACCACGUUUCAUGCCCACCACAUCUGUGACAUGGCUCUAGACAUGCUGAGCUCCAUUGACCACCUCAAGGACCCCUCGACUGGGGACAAUAUUCAGAUCCGUGUCGGAAUCCAUUCUGGCAUGGUGGUGGCAGGGGUGGUGGGUCUGAAGAUGCCACGCUACUGUCUUUUUGGAGAUACAGUGAACACUGCUUCUCGGAUGGAGUCAAAUGGAGUGGGCAUGCAAAUCCACAUUAGCCAGACCACCAAGGACCACUUGGAGCAUGAGCCAUAUAUCAUUGAGGAAAGGGGCAAGAUUUUUGUAAAGGGGAAAGGCUACAUGAAGACCUACUGGUUGAAAGGAAAGAAAGAUUUGUCUUUUAAAACUCCAGCUGAGCUCCGAUACAGCAAUGAACAGAAGGACUCAGAUGACAGAAGCUCUAAUAGUUCAACUUGUACCAACACCAAACGCUCAAGCUCCAACUUAAACAUCCCCAAUGAGGAGCAGGCAGAAGGAAAGCCCACCCCGGCAGACCUGCCCCCUGACACGCUACCGACACUGGAGGGCUCUACAGAUGCAACCACAGCCGCUAAUGAGCCCCAGGACAAGGAGAAGGUCAAAAAGACAAAGAACAACAAAGGAGGCAAGGCGGAGAACGCCUCUGCUAAUGCACAGGAAAGCUCUCCCCCUGCUGGCAACCAAAAGAAGACAGGCCCAGAGCUUAAUAACAAAAAACACAGCUUCAGAAACCAAUACGCACGGUUACCAGCCAACCUGCCUAUGCGCAGUGCAGCCUGCACUCUGCUCUGAGAAACAAGCAAAGAUACAUGAUGUAGUUCAACACAGAAUGAACUCUGAAUAACCCGACAGAACAAUUCAUAAAACAGCACAAAGUCUAGAAAUCUUAGACAACCUUUCAGUAAAGAAUACACAUCUCUGAACAAGAGUGAAAUAAGGGUAAAGAUAUUCCGUACAGCUGUGGAUCAUACGUUUAAUACACUCUUAUGAAGAUUUGUACUCUAUUUAACACCUGUUGAGUGUUUGAGACCUCAAUACUGUUACCACAGAUGUAUGCUCCCCAGAUACACGAACCAGAAGCACCUGGCAGUUGAGUAGAGUUGAGUGAGAGAGUUUACUGUUAGUGUGCUAGUUUCCAUGAUAUAAUUAGCUCACCAAAUAAAGAAGCCUAUUCAGUCGUGCAUAUGAAUGUAUUUAGUAGCUUUUUCUAGAAAACUUGUCAAAACACUGCACCAUUCAUAUAUUAAAACAUUCUGCCAGCACCUCCAACAUGAAGUAUCCCCUUAAAGAAACAGGUUUAUCACAGCUAAAGUAAAAACACAGAUUAUGAACCUGUCAUGUGUAUGCUGCUGUUAUCAGGGGAAAAGAUGUGCUAGCUGUUGUUUUCUAGCAUUGAUUAAAGAGUGAUUCUGUACUGACUACAUUAGCAUAUUUGUAUGUACAGUUACAUGUGUGAUGCCUGUUUGAAUCAAUAUACACUAUAUGUUGAAAUGUU